GCAGUCCUCCUUGCUGCUGGCGCAUUUUGCUAAAAGUCACCGCGCCGCCGAGAGAGUUUUCCAUCACCGCGCGUCGCUCUUUGUCUACCUGGUGCUGACCUUCGGUGUCUGGCCAAGGACGCUGCGUGACUGGGAUAUGCGGUUUCAGUAGAAUCGAGUCAAGAUGUCAACCACAACUAUGGACAGUGCAGGAGGGGGAACCAAAACCUCAAAAGACUACAAAAAGCCCACAGCGGCUGCACUGAAAGGUGCCAUCCAGCUGGGCAUUGGCUAUGCCGUGGGCAACCUCAGCUCCAAACCAGACAGAGACGUUCUCAUGCAGGACUUCUCUGUGGUGGAGAGUGUCUUCCUACCCAGUGAGGGAAGCAACCUGACUCCAGCGCACCAUUUCCCAGAUUUCCGCCUGAAAACCUACGCACCUCUGGCCUUUCGCUACUUCAGGGAGCUGUUUGGCAUCAAACCGGACGACUAUCUGUACUCCAUCUGCAAUGAGCCUUUGAUCGAGUUGUCCAACCCCGGCGCCAGCAGCUCCUGGUUCUACCUUACCAGCGACGACGAGUUCAUCAUCAAGACCGUGCAGCACAAAGAGGCCGAGUUCCUGCAGAAACUGCUUCCUGGUUACUACAUGAACCUGAACCAGAACCCAAGAACAUUGCUGCCCAAGUUUUACGGCCUUUACUGCAUCCAGUGCAGCGGCGUCAACAUCCGCGUGGUGGUGAUGAACAACGUGCUGCCGCGCGCCAUGAAGAUGCACUACAAGUACGACCUGAAGGGAUCCACCUACAAGCGCCGCGCCUCACGCAAAGAGCGCGCCAAGUCCUCGCCCACGUUCAAAGACCUGGACUUCCAGGAGAUGCACGACGGCCUGCACUUUGAUGCCGACACCUACAACGCCCUGAUGAAGACCCUGCAGAGAGACUGUCGGGUCCUGGAGAGCUUCAAGAUCAUGGACUACAGUCUCCUGCUGGGGAUCCACGUGCUGGACCAGAAGAAGCUGGGCAGAGGAUGUCGAGGUGACAGCAGAAGAGGAGGGAAAGUCCUCUACUCGACGGCCCUGGAGUCCAUCCAGGGCAGCGUCAAGGACCCUGAACCAGUGGCUGAUGAUGACACAAUGGGUGGGAUCCCUGCCAAACACAAAGAUGAGAAGUUGCUCAUCUUUUUAGGAAUAAUUGAUAUCCUGCAGUCAUACAGGUUCAUCAAAAAGAUGGAGCAUUCCUGGAAAGCCCUCGUACAUGACGGGGACACAGUGUCGGUUCACAGGCCAUGUUUCUAUGCAGACAGAUUUCUGAAGUUCAUGGGCUCGACUGUAUUCAAAAAGAUUCAUCCUUUGAGAGGAGCAUCUUCAAAGAGGAAGAGGGGAUCCCUGCAUGUAUUAAAGUCUUCCUCUCAGGAGUUCCUGUCCCCUCUGAAGGAGGAGCAGAAGGAGGAAAAGAAGACGCAGAGCAUGGACAACCUGGAUGCAAAAUUGUUUAGUUCCUCCAAGCACCCAGACCUCGUCCCGAGAUCUGCUGAGCUGAGUCACUCUGUGUCUUUUGAGUCCAGCAAAAAAGAUGAAGCAGACCUUGGAAACAGUGAAGACCGGCGUGCCUCAAGUUCCACGAUUGCUCUGGACGACACCCUGCCCCCCCUCAGCAGAAGCGGGUCAGACUCCGAACUGGACGUCUACUUGUGAAGAAAAAUGACCAUGGGGUGCCCCUCCAGAGCAACUGCACACCUAGAAGAUAAAGGCCUUUAACCUCCCAGCCAUCAGCUUCACAACAAAACACGGCACUUAUUCUGCUGCCGAUGGACACUUUUGGCUACAUAUUCGGAAAGUGAAAUCGCAGCAAGAAUCAGGGUCGAUUAACUCACCAUGCACAUUUGACUUGGUGACUUUGGUGCAGAGACAUAUGAACAAAAGUGUGCACGGUUACACAUUUUAGACCUCGGGACAUCACAGCAGUGUUAGUGCGAGACACACUGGUCGUGCCACUCUCCAUCAUGUAUACAUCGCUAUGUGCAUAUUUUGCAGCAUUGCAUAAUGUAGCUUUGAGUCAAGCAAAACAUGGCAGUUUACAUUGAUUAGUAAAUGCAUCGUUCCUCUGCAGAAAUCCCAUCAAAAAUAAAUGGGGUUAUAGGCUGUGUUUAUGUAAGAUAAGACCACUGUGCCAGCGGGUUAAUACAUAACACUAUGGAGCUGCUUCUUGUCCUGUUGUUGUACACUUUGCUGCUAAUUUAAGAACAGUGACGGUGGUCGGGAACAUUUGUGCCUCAAAUUUUAGUUCAUCCAACCACUUUUCUUUGCUCUUGCUUUGAAGUGCAUGUGUGCUGUUUGAUUUUCUGAUCUUCUGUGACAUGUUCACAUCUCUCAGAGGCUGGCUCUUUGAAAGACCGAUUCUAUUUACAUGAUUCAGUAUGGAAGAAACGUUUUGUUUGUUUGUUUGUUUGUUUGUUUGUUUGCUGUUUUCAGAUCGAACUAUAUUUAUAGAGAACUGUUCCGGGAUCUUUCCGGUUUCACAGGACUGAAGGAGGAGAAAUGCCAGUUUAUGCGCUGAUGCAUUCACAUGUAUUUGCACGUCGUGAAGUGUGAUGCUGUUCUGUGACGAUUCAGUUUUAGCCAAACUUAUUGAAAGACAUAUUGCACCAGCUACUUCUAUCUUCAUUGGGAUUUAAUUAAAAAAAAAAAAAAUCCUGUUUCAAACUAUUAUGAUUCCUGAUGAGUAUAAAUGACAAUAAUUUGUGUUGUUUUAAAUGUCUUCCUUUUGUGUCCACAUGAAUUUCAUAAUCAGUGCUUUUACUGUAUGUGAGGUGUAUCACUGUAUUAUAGCAAAACUCUAUUUGUAAAAAUAAAAUACUAUUUUGUGUAGUUUA